CUGGAUGCUCCAUUCACAAAAAACAGUAACACUGUCACAGCCCUGCAGCUUAUCGCGCGACGGUUCCGCAGCAUCCUGCAGUGCGGACGGUAUCAAAACUGGAAAUCCUGCAGAAUGCACCUCCAGGGAGCUGUGCUUCCUCCAGGGCUGGGGAAGGCAGGCCCAGAUCCCCAAAGCCCAGCCUCUUUCCCCGCCCUGGAGCCGCCUCUGGGUUGUGUAAGCCGGGCCUGGCUUAGGCAGAGGGACCAUCCAGACCACCGGUAGUCUCCAAUCUGCUCCCAAGAAGGUUUGCCAGCGUUUUGGUUUAUUUCGGUGCCUUCCGGGGACCUUGUGGACUGCGGACUCUCUUGGGAGCAACAGCAGCCAUGUCUCAGAAGAGAAAGAAGCGGAAGCCACCUGGAUCAGCAGAGUCUGAAAAUGAAGCAGCAGAAGACGGAGCCACAUCCAUCAGGUCAGAAAAUGGUGGGAAAGUAGCACAGGUGGCCUCAAACAUACCAUAUGAGGAGGGGGAGAAGAAGAAGAAGGUGAUGAAGACCGACACGGGUGCUGGAGGUGGAGACUUGGCAGAGGCAUUGAGAGAGGUCCGCCUCAAAACAGCAUCCUCUGUCGCGGAGUUCAAAUAUAACAAGAAACGGGUCCGCCUGGUCUCAGAAAAUUCAGAUCUCAAGGAAGGAGCUCAGGGAAUCCUGUACUGGAUGUCGCGGGAUCAGAGAGUACAAGAUAACUGGGCCUUUCUCUAUGCCCAGCGCCUGGCUUUAAAGCAGAAGCUCCCACUGCAUGUCUGCUUCUGCCUGGUGCCCAAAUUCCUGGAUGCCACCAUUCGCCAUUUUGGGUUCAUGCUCAGAGGCCUCAAGGAAGUGGCCAAGGAAUGCCAGGAGCUCAACAUCCCCUUCCACUUGCUCAUUGGUUUUGCUAAAGACAGUCUGCCUCCUUUUGUGAUGGAGCAUGGCAUUGGUGGGGUGGUGACGGACUUUUCCCCCCUUCGUGUUCCUAUGCAGUGGGUGCAAGAUGUCCGAGACAGACUGCCAUCCGAUGUGCCCUUUGUCCAGGUUGAUGCCCACAAUAUUGUUCCCUGCUGGGUGGCCUCAGAAAAGCAGGAAUAUGGGGCAAGGACGAUACGGCGGAAGAUUCAUGACCGACUGGCAGAGUUCCUUACCGAAUUCCCUCCUGCCAUCAGGCACCCUCACCCGGCUGCAUUCCAGGCAAAGCCUAUCGAUUGGGAUGCCUGCUAUGCCAGCCUGCAGGUGGAUCACUCAGUGAAAGAGGUGGCAUGGGCAAAGCCAGGCACAGCAGCUGGUCUAAUGGUGUUGGAAGAGUUCAUCAAGGAGCGGCUGAAGUUCUUUGGUACGGACCGAAACAACCCCAACCGGGCGGCUCUCAGCAACCUCUCGCCCUGGUUCCAUUUUGGUCAGAUUUCUGUCCAGCGUGCCAUUUUGGAGGUACGCAAACACCGCAGUCGGUACAAAGAAUCUGUGGAAGGCUUUAUUGAAGAAGCUGUAGUCCGAAGGGAGCUGGCGGACAACUUCUGCUACUACAACCAAAACUAUGACAAGGUUGAAGGGGCUUACGACUGGGCCAAGACCACCUUGAAACUUCAUGCCAAAGACAAGAGACCUCACCUGUACACGCUGAAACACUUAGAGGAUGGAAAAACACACGACCUGCUCUGGAAUGCUGCACAGCUCCAGAUGGUUCACGAGGGGAAGAUGCAUGGCUUCCUGCGGAUGUACUGGGCCAAGAAAAUCCUGGAGUGGACCAGUUCUCCAGAAGAGGCCUUGAAAUUCAGCAUCUACCUCAAUGACCGUUACGAACUGGAUGGCAGGGACCCCAAUGGUUAUGUGGGAUGCAUGUGGUCCAUUUGCGGGAUCCAUGACCAAGGAUGGGCUGAACGGGCCGUCUUCGGCAAGAUCCGCUACAUGAAUUAUGCCGGCUGCAAGAGGAAAUUCGACGUCGGCCAGUUUGAACGCAAAUAUAGCCCUCGCAAAUUUGCCCAGUAGCGGCAAGCAGAAGUCCAAACUGGAAACACAGCUUGGGAGGGAGGAGUAUUUUGGCUCUGACAGGAAGGGAAAACUAGCUCUUCUCCAAAGAGUAUGAUUUAUUUCUCUGCUACUGCUGCAAUGCAAUUCAUUGUGCCUUGGUUGGUCAGUCUCUAGAUCCAUUUGUAGUAGGAAAUAAUUACUUCUCAAGAUUCUCUGCUUGUCUGAGCUGCUGUUAGGAUUACUUGUCAGAUAGGUUAGAGAACAUCAGGUCUUGGGCCAAAUGCAGCUUUCUGGCUUUCUCUGUUGAUUCCCAAACUUGUCCUCCAGAUGUUUGAGACCUCAGCUCCCAGAAGCCCUAGCCAGCUUGGCUAACAGUCAGGACUUCUAGGAGCUGAAGUCCAAAAUAUCUGGUGAGUCAAAGUUUGGGAACCAUUGCUCUAGAUGGUCUGAGAUUGGUUGUUGGUUUUAUGGAAUGGAAGCAAAACUUGGAAUAUAACUCCCAGACCACCAGCCUGGCCCAAAAAAUAGCUUUUUGGUAGCCUGGAUCCGGAGCAAAUUUCAUUUGCCUUUCUGAAGCAUCAAAAUUUGAGAUGCUUUAAGAAGCUUCCUUCUAAGGAUACAGGGGAAAGUAGUCUACGUGUUACAAAAAACAGCUUGCUUACUUACUGUUUUCAGAUUUCAAAAACUCAGGGUUGGUAGACUUUUAAUGUUCUGUCCUCUGCGAGCCAACAUACAAGGGCUUUCGAUUCAGGUGGUGGCAGAAGCAACAGUUUGGGAGUGACUGUUACACAACUGUAGCGCAUAGCGUUUUCUAAGUUUGCUUUAGUAAAAAAAGAAAGAAAAUGCAAUUGUAAACUCUUAUUUUUGAGAUGUGAUGCUUUAAAUAAUUGUGGUGGGAGAAUGUAGCCUUCAUUUUAAGACAAGGGUAGGGGACUGGUCCAGGGGCCUCAAGAAUGCCAAAAAAUCAGAUGAAAGUGGAAGUGGCUGGAAAUUACAACUGGUUUUGUACAAUGGGACUAAGGAGUUUAUCACACUGGGGUUUACUUUGGCAUCAAAGAGAGAUUAAAGCGCAUUUAAAGAAUUCUGCAAAUAAAGUGAAAAUGGCAA